GUAUCUCCCUCCUGCCCCCUCCUCUCCCUCCCCCCUCCCUGCUCUGGACCCCCCACCCCUCGGUCAACGAGCCGAGCGGGGGGGUCAGGGCGCCAUGGUAACCCACAGCAGCCACGAACCCCCACCAUGAGCAGCAUGACCCCCCCAGAGGCCAGAGGUCAGGGGUCAGAUUUGCCCACCCUGCGCUAUAAACCCUUCAGCUCACACGCACACUACCAACAGGUGCUGUGUGCGGUGCGUAAGCUACAAGAGAGUGGGUUCUACUGGGGUGCAGUGGGGGGUCGUGAGGCCAGCUCUCUGCUCCGCUCCCAGCCCCCCGGGACCUUCCUGGUCCGAGACUCGUCCGACAACCACUACUUCUUCACACUGUCGGUCCAAACGGCCCGCGGGACCAAGAACCUCCGUAUCCACAGCCAGGGGGGAAGCUUUUACUUGCAACCUGACCCGCGCUGCACACACAUGCCCCCGCGCUUCGACUGUGUGCUCAAACUGAUUGGACACUACAUGGGGAAGGAGGGAGGAGGUGGAGAAGCAGCAGCAGCAGGAGGAAGAGGAGAGGGGGAGACUGGGGCUGGGGUAAGGACGGGGGGAGGCACGGCUGCGGCGGCGGGGGAGACUGUGGGGUCGGGGACUGGGAGUGUGUAUCUGAUCUACUCAGGGGAAGAGAAGGUUCCGUUGGAGCUGCGUCGGCCCCUCCCCUCCUCCCUGUCCUCCCUCCAACACCUGUGUAGGAGGACCCUGAACGGACACCUGGGGGGCCCGGACCGCCCAGACACACACCAGCUCCCUCACACACUCAGGAACUUCUUGGAGGAGUACGAUGCCCCCAUCUAACACACAAAAACUCACACAGUUCAGGUUUGGGGUUUUCCCCUCUAACGGUUGAGGAUAGGAUUUGGAGAGGGUAAGCUAUUCCAGAUCGAUGCCACUGCUUUCUUAUCAUGUGGAACCUCAUAUAGGUAACAAUUGAUACUCCUCCGCUCCUGGACAGACCGUUGAUGGGAGUCAAGACGAUGCUGGAGGGGUCAAAAGUCGUUGCCCUCUCAGGCAGUGACCCAAUCUCCCAGUGGGUGCUGUGAUCAGCGGGUGGUGUGAUUGGGUAGUCAAAAAGAUUGUGAUAGGUCGAUAACGCAGACCGUAAACCCGGCACACACGCAAGCAAACACACAUACACAGUGCUGUUUGUGGCUUUAGGAGUGUGACCAGAAGGUUGUCUUUGGGUUUGUUGUGCUGCUGUGGCUGAGGUAUAGCUUCUUCUAUUGAUCAGUAGAGGCUUUCAUCUCCUCCUUUUUCUCCUGUUUGAAUGGUCUCAAUGGACUGUGAGAGAGGGAGGGAAAGGAAGGGAGAGACAGGGAGAGAGGUGUAAUGAGAGAAAAGGAGAGAGAGUCUGGAGAACAGCAGUGUAUGUCAAACGAGGGGCCCAAAGCAGAGUUAAAGUGUUUGUGUGUGUGGUGUCGUACACAUUUCCACUGCUGUAUGCCAACUAGCAUUGCCUCAUAGGAGGGUGUGGGGGAUCAUGGCUGAAGACAGCCACUAGCCUCACACAAACACGCGCGCACGUACAUGCAGUUUACAGUGCUGUGAAAAAGUAUUUGCCCCUUUCUAAUUUUCUCUACUUUUGCAUAUUUUUGAUACUGAAUGUUAUC